AUGAAGCGAAAGGCUGACAAACAGCCAGCGGCCGCUCCGAUGAGCGCCGUUGCGGCGCGCAAAGCUCGCCAGCAGCAAGCACAAGCUACCGUGACCCCAGUGAAGCCGUCGAAACCUGAAUCAUCCGGCGAACCUCCUUCUAAAAAGGCGCGUCGCACUCCCGAAAAAGAGGAAGAGAACCCGGCACCAGCAGUCCCGGCAGAGGAUCGCCGCCAAACGAGACGAUCAACCAGGCAAAAGACCGAGGAUUCGAAGGCACAAAGCACACCGGAGAAAAAGGCUAAAGCGCCAGCCUCAAAGCCUGUCGAACAAGUACCUCCCCCUAGCACCUCGCUGGGCAAUGGAAACGAGGACGCAUCUGAGGAGGAAUCGGAAGACCAGAAUGACAUUGCGCGAGAGAAUGGAGUCGGUCCUGCGCAAAACGAUGACGAUGAGUAUGAGUCGCCUGUAGACACGCCGGCCCUCGCUCAGGAGGAAUUCCCAUUGUCAAGGACUCGAUUGAACAAAAGCAAUAUCGUCUACAGCGAUGAGGAAAGGCUGUGCGUCCGGAUUAAAGACAAAAUGAGUCUAGUAUUGCUUGGCCACUACGACCUUUGGGUGAAACGAGGUGUGAUCAGUCUGAUGGGCGCCAAACUGCAUCCUUCGUCUCGAAUCUACAGAGUCUAUGCGCCCUCAACUCACUCUCUCCCGGUCAUCAAGUGCGUCUCGAGCGUCGAUGGUGCGGCCGAAAUCGAGGUCAAGUCAUGCCACAGCGGCAUCUAUCGUCUCAGGGAUCUGUCUCCUCUAUACCAACGGGUGUGGAAUGGAAAAAACACAUCCGCUGACAAGCUCACCCUGAAGAACGAACCGCAAUCUACCAGGAGAACAUUCUCUGUUCUGUAUACAUCGGCGGACGAUUCUCUCAAGCGACACUUGCGGCCACUGCAUCUGGAAAAGCAAUGGAGUUCAGCUAUCAAGUCUCUCUCCCAGCGUGGUGGACGGCUAAAGGCACUGAUCUGCGGCCCCAAGGCUUCUGGAAAAUCCACCUUCAGUCGAUACCUCUUGAAUCACCUCCUCAGUCCCGCCCCGCAGACUGAGACGCACUACUACAACACCGACGGCGUUGCGUUCCUCGACCUCGACCCUGGCCAGCCCGAGUUCUCCCCUAUGGGCCAGGUCUACCUUGCACAUCUCCGGUCUCCCGUCUUCGGUCCCCCAUUCUCUCAUCCCUCGCUCGACGGUUCGCAAACUGGCUCGAUGAUCCGCGCUCACCACAUCGGAGCCACGUCCCCCAAGGACGAUCCCGAUCACUACAUGCUCGCGGCCAUGGACCUCAUGGACCGUUAUCGCGCCCUGCUAGCCACUUACCCCCAAUGUUCUCUCAUCAUCAACUAUCCCGGCUGGAUCUUCGGCCUCGGCUUGGAAGUGGCGACCUGGCUGGUGCGCUCGCUCGGGCUAUCGGAUGUGGUCUACAUGAGCGAGAAGGGCCCGAUGGAGGUGAUCGAGCCCCUUGGACAGGCCGCACACGAAGCCAUGGUCCCUCUCACCAUCCUCCCAUCCCAACCCACCGAUUUCGUCAGCCGCUCCAGCGCGCAGCUGCGCUCCAUGCAGAUGCAGUCGUACUUUCACCUGAGUCACGCCGACGGACUCCGUAGCCCGCUCUGGCUCGACCAGCCUCUUUGCCACACACGUCCGUUCCGAGUCUCCUACGCAGGACCCAACCAAGGCAUCCGCGGCAUUAUGGUCAUGGGCUCCCAGAUCGACCCCGACCUUCUGCACGACGUCGUCGACGGCGCCCUGGUCGGCGUCGUCGCCGUUGAAUCGUCGCGUGCCGUCCUCGGCGAGGCCGAUGGGCCGGGACCGCAGUCCACGAACGACGCAGAGGACGAGGAGAUGGAAAACGCCUCGACUGGCGGCUCAGACGUCAACAUGGAAGGAGAGGACGAGAAUACCCGCACCACCAAGCCCUCUAAAGCGCAACGAUCCAUGGACCCCGACAUCGAAGCCAACAUCACCCGCACGCGCAACGAAGACCUCCCGUACCUCUUCGUCGGCGCCGGAAGCUGCACCCCGCUCGACCCCCGCGCCUCGCACAGCCUCGGCCUAGCGCUCGUGCGGUCCGUUGACGUCUCGUCGCGAACCCUCGAGCUGGUCACACCCAUCGCGGGGUCCGCGACCCGCCACGCCCUGGAACAUGGGUACGGGCUGGUCCUGGUGCGUGGGCAACUCGACAACCCGAACUGGGCCAUCAGCGAGGAGUACCACGCCGCACGAGCCGCGGAGAAACGGCAUCGCGAGACGAUCGAGAAGGCCAGGAAGGCCGGCAACGAGGAUCUGGACCCGGCGACGCAGGCGCGAGUGUCUGCCGCUUUGAGGGACCGGGUCCGACGCGCAAGCAACGUGCCGUGGAUGACGGUCAUCGAGGACCAUAGUCGACGACAGCGGGAGGCAUCGCAGCGCGAGAAAUCGCUGUGGAAGCUUCGCAAGAAGGCAUACCCAGGGAGUGAGAUGGCCGCCAUCUCCCUCUUGGCCUUCCUCGAUGGCUUUUUUUCUGAUUUAUCCGCUUCUACGACAUUGCUCACCUUCAUUUCCAUGUCUCAGAUGUCUGUUCCCCAUGGUGCACCGUCACAUGAUGCCUCCUGGCAAGCCACUCGGAGAAAAGUGCGCAAAGGCACCCACAGUUGCUGGGAAUGCAAGCGUCGGAAGAUGAAGUGUAGAUUCGAUCCGCGCGUGGCUAGUGCCUCCUGCAACGGCUGUCGACGACGCGGCUCCGCGUGUAUCAGCCAGGAGUUCCCCGAGGACAUCGCAUAUGCCCUCGUGGGCAUUGGAUCUAGUCGCAGGGACGGCACUCCCACGCCCAGCGAGAGGGCAGAUCCUAGUAUUCUCGCGCCUCUGUCAACGAACAUGGAGCCGUCGCGGUAUCACAGGUCUUCCGAGCAAUAUCUUACGACCACCCGGAAUGAUACUUCACACCGUAAAUAUGAGAGUCUAUCUCGGUUCUUGCAUGAAUUACUCCCGUCGCGAGAAGAUAUCGAGAGGAUCUGCAAAGCCAGUCGCCACUCCUCCAUCCUCACCCACGAAUUAUUGACUACGCCAUACCCUACCCUCUACCAGAACGGCCUCCAAACGCCCGAGAGUUUAUUGACGACCCCGGAACCAAACAUGCAUCCUGUUUUGAUCACGAGGCACAUGCUCCAGCUCGCUCUUUUCCUACAACAUCUUCCCCCGGAACUUCACAAGGAGAUUAAAGGCCUGUCAGAACCACCCAGAGCCAUCAUGGAACGUUUAGCAAGUGUUGCCAUCUAUCACAUCACAACAAACGAGGAGCUUAUUGGCAGCAUAGAGAGCCUCGAAUGCAUCAUGCUCGAGAGUUUAUAUCAGGUGAACAUUGGGAACCUUCGACGAGGCUGGGUCGCGGGUCGGAGAGCCAUGAGUGUCGCCCAGCUGAUGGGCUUUCAUCAAUCGGAUACCCCGACCCCAUACAAGGCGCUCGACCCCAAGACGACGACGAAUUACAGCCCCCAGCUCAUGUGGCUCCGAAUCGUCAUUCUGGACCGCCAUCUCUGCAUCCUCUUAGGUCUGCCCCAAGGCUGCACCAACCAGAGUAUGGCCUCCGAGGGCCUCACCAAAGACGACUGCCCCAUUGGCCGUCUCGAGCACCAGCACUGUCUCAUCAUGUCCCGAAUCCUCGAACGUAACGCAUCCAAGCCCAGCCGCGCAGACCUGCCCACCACCCGCGCCAUCGACCUAGAGCUACAGGCCGCCGCAGGCAGCCUCCCGAGCAAGUGGUGGCUGGUCCCCAAACUCGACAGUGCGUCCGCCGACCUGCAAGCCGUGUUCUGGGAUACCCGCCGCCUAGUCCUACAGAUCUGCCACUACAACCUUCUCAACCAGUUGCAUCUGCCAUAUAUGCUGUGCCGGUCCUCGUCCGCGGAGGAGAGCAAAUACGACUAUUCGCGGCUCACCUGCGUCAAUGCGUCGCGAGAGGUUCUCUCGCGCUAUAUCUCGCUACGCAGCGUCAACCGCAUCGCGUACAGCUGUCGCACGGUCGACUUCAUCGCCCUCAUGGCGGCCAUGGCGCUCCUCCUCGCGCAUAUGGAUAGCCAUCGCGACGGGGUGGACAAUUUGCUCGCGAACCAGUAUCUGGGCGAUCGCGCGAUGAUCGAGCAGGUGCAGGAGCAUAUGAACGAGAUGAACAGGCUCAAUUCCGACGAACUCAGCGCGCAAAGUGCGGAUUUGUUGAAGGUGCUGUUGGCGAUUGACAUGGAGACAGGGAAUGGGAGGGUGAGUGUGUUGCCGCAGGAUGGGAUGGGCCGGGACCAGGAGAAGGAGGAGGGCGUGGUACGUGUGCAUGUUCCAUAUUUUGGAAUCAUUCGGAUUGUACGCGUGGUUCCGACUAGCAGCAGCACGAACAACACCUCAAAUCCACUCUCCUUGCACGUCGCCGACACAGCGGCUUCUCAGGACUUUACCGCACCUUUUGCGCCUCUGCAACAAUGCCUGGACACUUCCUCCGACCCGAGUUCUUUUCAGGACCCAUCCCCGCUGGCGCAUCCAGAACUCGCCGCAGGCGGCGAGGAGUGGGCGUUUCAGGGGGUGGAUAUGGCGUUUUUCGAGAGCAUCAUGAGGAACGUCGGGGGCGAUGGUUGA